GCGACCAUGGCCCCCUUAAAAGCCUAAACCAAUCCUCACCGUUAAGGUUUUAACCGACUCAUCGUCAUCAUCACAAUCAGUCAGUGGCUGAUCUCUCUCUCUCUGAGCACACAAAUUCUAGAUGGUGAGGAAGUGUAGGGGAAUUACAGAGAUUUCAGUGAUGGAGGUAGCUCAGGUCGGCGUUAGAACACGAGCUCGAGCUCUAGACAUGGCGGAUGCCAGCUCAGCAUCGAGAAAACGAAGGAAGGUCAGCAAUGGAGAAAUUCAGAUAUCGACAACUUCCUAUUUUCAGCUCGGUAGUAGUAGUACUACUAGCGGAGGCUUCGUCGUGAAACCUGAGAAUUCAGCCACGUCUGCGCCGGAGCAAAAUUCUGGCCGUCCAGCGGUGGAAGAUGUUAGGUGCUUGAGCCCUAGCUCUGAUCAUGCAUCGAUUUCUUGUUGUUCGAGUAACGGAUCGAGCGAGAGAUUUAAAGACGUGGAUCCGGAGGACGAAAGAGCAGAAGUUGAAACAUCCAGUAACAGUUGCGCAGAGAGAGAGACGACGCCUACGAGCGAGCUUCCUGAAGAAUCAGGCGACCUGGAUUCAACGGCUAAGCCGUACAAGGCGAAUUCUCGCCCCAGAUCAUCGGUGGAGAAGAUGAUGCCACCGGAGUUGGAGCUGGAAGAAUUUUUUGCCGAAGCCGAGAAGAAAUUGAAACAAGAAUUCACCGAGAAGUAUAAUUUCGAUGUUGAGAAGGGGGAGCCCUUGGUAGGACGUUACGAGUGGGUCAGAGUAGACGAAUGAAGCCUAUAAAAACAACAAAAAUGGCUGCAUUAUCUGGUACUAUCUGUUAAUUUAGGUACCAUUACUUUGAAUUGUAGUUCUUUAUUUUGUACAUCUCUCUUUCUCUCCCUCUCCUCCCUAUCCUUCUCAGUACGAAUUAGAAUCUAUGUUUCUUAUUUGCUCAUUAAUCGCACAAUUUGUGAUCUAUUGACACAAAAUCCUUGAACAAGAAGGACAAAUGGAAAAUUUGGUGAAAACUACAUUGAUUCGAUGA